AUGACCUUCACAUUGAUCUCCUGCGUCUACAAUUGUUGCCUUGGGAAGCCGGGUCAUGGAAGCUUUACGCCUUUGGCCGUGGGACUUGCGCUCUUUGCCUCCGCAGGGUCGGGUGGACAAUUCACAGGUGGCUCCUUGAACCCGGCACGCGUUCUGGGCCCUGCCGCGGUCUUCGGCUGCGGCGCGAAUGUGACCUGGCUCUACGUGGGUGGCCAGUGCCUGGCGUCGAUCUGCGCGAUGGCGGUCUUCGGCUUGGUCUCACACUUGGGACCUUAUCAUCCCCGUACUUCAACCAAGACCUUUGAGCUCACGACCAAUGAGGCGGGAUUUGUGGCCUGGCGGGAAGAGCGUCCUUUUGGAAGAGGAGUCUUGAGGCUGAAAGGGGACGAUGGUUUGGACAUGUUGAUGAAUGCAGGUUGGUGA